CACAAAAUCAACACACAUACACAUACACACUUAUAAUUAAAUUACCUAUCAUCAAUUCCCAAUGGCUUCAUCCAUGACCAUGACCACCUCCUUCUUUGGUGGAGCCGUCGCCACGAAGCCGGCCGCGGUCACCACCCGUCGCAGCCAGCUGUCCGUGAGGGCCUCCAUGGACUUGGAGAAGGCGGUGGCAGAGGCCACCAACACGAGGCGCGGCUUCGUGUUGGCCGGGAUGGCCGCAGCAGCAGCUUCGUCCGUCUCGAAAACCGCGAUGGCUAUACCCGGUGGGUGGACGCCGCAGGAUCCAAAAGCACCGGAGUAUUUUCAACUGGCGACAUUCGCGGUGUCGGAAGCAAACAAACGGAUUAAUGAGGCCUUGACUCUGGAGUCUGUGUCUAGGGCCGAGACGCAGGUGGUGGCGGGUACGAAUUACAGGCUGAUUCUCUCCGCUAGGGAUCAACGUCCCAUAUCCAACAACUACGAGGCCAUUGUUUUCUCCCAGGCCGCGCCGACAUCCCUUCAGCUGACUUCCUUCAACCCACUUCUUAAAUAGAUUUCCCUCAUAAGGUGCCGGCAGAGUCCUAAAAAGCAACAUAAUGCUCAAGUUUAUCGGUUGUUAAGUGUGUUAAAAGACUAUCUCCAUUCUCCAGUGUUUAGCAGUUAUAAAGAUCAUUACUUGAAGAUUUGACAA